AUGAACAGCACUGCAGGUCGCGCCUCGUGUGCGCCCAGCGCGGCAGGCCUGUCUUCCGUCGGGCGCAUCCGCGGCGUCGGCAUCCCCACGGCUGUGGCGAAGUCGGCUCGCAAGGGCAAGGCGUUCGCCCCGGUGCAGGCGGCGAUCGACGUGUCGUCGGAGACGACGACCACGAACGGCGUCACGGCGCGGUCCCCGGAGCCGGGGUACGUGCGCGACGACUACGCCAAGUCGGUGCUGGGCAUCAUCCUGGGCGGCGGCGCGGGGACGCGGCUGUACCCGCUGACGAAGAAGCGCGCGAAGCCCGCGGUGCCGCUGGGCGCGAACUACCGCCUGAUCGACAUCCCGGUGUCGAACUGCCUGAACUCGGGCAUCAACAAGGUGUACUGCCUGACGCAGUUCAACUCGGCGUCGCUGAACCGGCACCUGUCGAACGCGUACAACAAGAGCGUGGGCUCCUUCACGCAGCGCGGGUUCGUCGAGGUGCUCGCGGCCUCGCAGACGGCGGUCAACCCCAACUGGUUCCAGGGCACGGCGGACGCGGUGCGGCAGUACCUGUGGCUGUUCCAGGAGGCCGAGCGCGACGGGAUCGAGGACUUCCUCGUCCUCGCGGGCGACCACCUGUACCGCAUGGACUACUCGGAGUUCAUCGACAAGCACCGCGAGACGGGCGCCGACAUCACCGUGGCCGCGCUGCCCUGCGGCGAGGACCGCGCGUCGUCCUUCGGCCUGAUGAAGAUCGACGGGUCGGGCAAGAUCGUGGAGUUCGCGGAGAAGCCCAGCGGCGACGCCCUGCGCGCGAUGCAGGUCGACACCACGGUCCUGGGCCUCGACGAGGAGCGCGCGGCGGAGAUGCCCUACAUCGCGUCGAUGGGCAUCUACGUGCUCAAGGCCAAGGUGAUCCGCGAGCUGCUGAGCACCACGUUCCCCGACGCGAACGACUUCGGGAGCGAGGUGAUCCCCGGCGCCAAGGACAUGGGCAAGCACGUGCAGGCGCACCUGUUCGACGGGUACUGGGAGGACAUCGGGACGAUCGAGUCGUUCUACAACUCGAACCUGAACCUGACGGGCACGGACCCGGCGUUCUCGUUCUACGACCGCAUGGCGCCCAUCUACACCAUGUCGCGCUUCCUCCCGCCCUCGAAGAUCACCGGCGCGGCGGUGGAGAACAGCAUCAUCGGCGACGGCUGCGUCAUCCGCGCGGGGUCGACGGUGCGGCACAGCGUGAUCGGGCUGCGCACCGCGAUCGGCGAGAACACGCUGAUUGAGGACGCGCUCAUCAUGGGCGCCGACUACUACGAGAACACGGACGACAAGUGGAGCCUCAUGGGGACCGGGCUCGGCAUCGGGGACGGGUGCACCAUCCGCAAGUGCAUCCUCGACAAGAACGUGCGCAUCGGCAACAACGUCAAGAUCGUCAACAAGGAGGGCGUCAAGGAGGCCAACCGCGAGACCGAGGGCUUCGUCAUCAAGGACGGCAUCGUCGUCGUCAUCAAGGACUCGGUGCUCCGGGACGGGCUCGAGAUCUAA